AUGUCCCCCGAAACUACUCAACUUACCACGAAUAACUCCUCCAUUCAAGGCUCGCCCGACAGCGUGCGCGGGCGUGACUCUGAAUAUCCUCCACCCCCUUUUGAGCUUCCGGAAUCGACAGUGUCACGGAAGUCGAGUCAGAGUGCAAUGAGCGAGGCUCUGGUGAUGAACAAGUCCCCGGGACUGAUCAGAAGAUUAUCAAACAGAGCCACGAAGUUUGCGGGCCGGCGCCGGCAGUCAUCGACUACAGCCAUGAGUCGAGAUCACAGCACUGGACCUGUCACUAUGCGACGGAGAAGUGACAGUACCAAUACAGCACCGGAAGGCGGCAAAGGAGCCCUAUUCUCGGACUCAGAUGACGAGUUUGUUGUGGACAUGCGAGAAGAGUAUUAUUAUCCGUUGGCACUCGACGGUAAAGGAGACUACCCAAGCACAACCGCUUCCAUCGGCUCUUCGACAGUACCCUCAGCGACCCCUCCCCCUGGCCCUGUCAUUCCCAAGGUCCUGCUUCAAGGCACCACCAUGAUGAAGGUAACCAAGAAGAAGAAGAAGCUUCUGACUUUCGUUCUUGAGAGCGAAGCUGCAAAAGUAUGCUGGGACAAAAACCGGCCUUCCAAGUCUUUCUAUAUCGACGACAUCAAAGACAUCCGAGCUGGAGCAGACGCCCGAAACUACCGUCAAGAAUUUGGAGUUGCAGCCGCCGAUGAACCACGAUUCUUCUCGAUCUUGUACGCAGUCCCAGACAGGUCGAAGGGGAAGUCUCAACAGAAGAUCAUGCACUUAAUCGCCAACGAUGACCAGACUUUCGACCUUUGGACAACAACACUCGAUGCCAUAUCGAAGCAUCGUCAGGAUUUGAUGGCAUCCCUAUCAUCGUUUAACGAUAAGGCCGUGAGGGCUUAUUGGCGGACCGAAAUGAACAAGCAAUUCCAGGACAAGCCUCACCUUGAAGAUGAAGAAGAGAUCGACAUUGUGGGGGUCGAACGUUUAUGUCGAUCUCUCCACAUCCAUGGAUCUUCAAGUUACCUUCGUACUAGGUUCGACCAGGCAGAUGUUUCAAGAUCGGGUCGCCUGAACUUCGUCGAGUUUCAAACAUUCGUAAAGCUGAUGAAGAGACGAGAAGACGUGCGAGCGAUUUACCGAGAACUUGCAUCCGAUUCGGAGAAGGGCAUUACAAGCGAAGAAUUCUUUCGCUUUCUUACGGAUAUUCAGUUUGAGAACGUCGAAGCUGAUGUUGCUCACUGGGAGGAUGUUUUCGCCAAGUUUGCACGCCGGUCGAAGCCGAAAGACGCUGUCGAAGGGGAGGCUUCACGGAUGAACGAGGCAGCCUUGAGCAGUUAUCUCAUUUCCACGUUCAAUCUUCCCUUGGAAAACAUUGCUGCGACUCACACCUUGAAUCGCCCAAUGAACGAGUACUUCAUCUCGAGUUCCCACAAUACAUAUCUCUUAGGUCGACAAGUUGUUGGCCAAUCGAGCGUUGAGGCAUAUAUUUCAGCUCUGAAUCGCGGAUGCAGAUGCGUCGAAGUCGACUGCUGGAAUGGGAGCGAUGGUCAGCCUACCGUUAUGCACGGCCAUAGCCUCACCACUGCGGUCUCUUUUGCCGACGUGAUGUCUACCAUCAGCAAAUAUGCUUUCGUCAAGUCACCUUACCCACUCUGGAUAUCUCUGGAAGUUCAUUGCAAUUCACAGCAACAAGCCAUAAUGGCUGAGAUCAUCAAGGAGACUUGCGGCUCGAAGCUUGUCACACAACCAAUUGAUCCAUCGGUUGAGCAACUACCGACGCCGUCUGAGUUGAUGCACCGAAUCUUGAUCAAGGUCAAGAAGCCUAGGUCGUUCGAAGAUUCAGCGGUAAUGGAACAGACAAAUGGAAGAACUCGUGGGAGCAGUCUGAGCUCGCCAUAUGUUCGCCCCACCCAGCUUGACAACUCUACCAUUUCAGCCGGUCUUCUACCACCGACCCCGUAUUCGCGAACGUACAGGACCAUCAGCCGUGGGCAGCCCAAAUACUCCGGAAGUGAAGGUCAAGAUAGCCUGAGCAGUAGCACAAGUGACAGCGAGAGUCUCACGGAAGACGUUGUUCGUGCCAAAGAAAAUAAAGCAAAGAACAAGACCAGCAACAUCAUCAAGGUUCUUGGUGAACUUGGUGUUUACUGUGCUGGGAUCAAAUUCCAAGGCUUCGAUGCUCCAGAGGCCAAGUCAUACAAUCAUAUUCUCUCCUUCGCGGAGAACACUUUCGACAGGAACACGAAGGAUCCAGAAGACAAACGUGCCGUGGCUCGGCAUAACAUGCGGUACAUGAUGCGUGUGUAUCCAAGUUACAAACGCAUAUACUCGAACAACUUCGAUCCACUCAAGUAUUGGCGUCGAGGAGUACAAAUGGUUGCUUUGAACUGGCAAACUUACGAUCUCGGGAUGCAAAUGAACGACGCAAUGUUUGCGGCCGGCAAAGAUCAAUCAGGAUAUGUUCUCAAACCAAUUGAACUCCGAGAGAUCAAGAUGAUCCCAACUGUUCCUGAAGAGGCUGGUGUCGGCUAUGUCAGACGGGAGCGCAAGAACGUCACCUUCUCAAUCGACCUCAUCUCAGCACAGCAACUCAUGCGACCCAAAGGGCUUGCUCCGAAUCAAAGUGUCAAUCCUUACGUUGAGGUGGAGGUCUACCACGCCGACGAUAAAUCUAAGGAUAGUAAGGGUGUUGUGGGAGAAGGCGGACUUGAUGCUUCUGCAAAGGAUGGAUUUUCUGGUCUUGGUACACCUCACCGAAGACGAACCCAGAUCAUCCAAGACAACGGCUUUAAUCCUAUCUUUGACAAGAAGUUCAACUUCGCUCUCACCACCAAGUAUCCGGAGCUUGUGUUCGUCCGAUGGACAGUAAGAUGUUCCAAUGAUGGUUCAGGUUACAGCGAGAAGGGCUCACCACUUGCGACCUACACGGCCAAACUCAGCAGCCUCAAACAGGGUUAUCGCACACUACCUCUCCACGACAACAGUGGAGACCAGUUCCUGUUCUCGACGCUGUUCUGUCGCAUCAAGAUUGAUCCAGCGACUAGCAUCUACGUCAACGGACCAGAGUCUGCUGCAAAUGAUAGUGUCGGCGUCCUCAAAAACAUUAGUCGCACAGUCUGGAAUCGCACGCCUAUGUCGCCAAAAACAUCUGUCGACAGCGGCAACUCAUAA